AUGUCGUGGUAUUGCAAUCAAGAUGAUCUCUGGUAUGGAGGAAACGUAAUGAAUAUCUAUAUAGGAGACACCCCCUCUAACGGACCCAGAAAGAGAGCAAAAUGCAAAACCAAAUGUGAACAACCAUCCACCCCUGACGUCAAACCCGGGUUUCAAAAUAGAGUAGCACCGCCCCAACAGAACUCCAACUCUAAACCUAUAUGUGACACUAAAAAGCACACUACGACGUGGCAAAAGGAAGAGAUACUGGAAACAACAAUCAUCGGUUUUCCAGAGCCGCUAGUAGGAGAACAAACGUUAGAAGAAAUAAAUGACAUUAACAGUCCUAUCUUUGGUGUCCCAGAAUGCCUUAUCUCAGCAAACAACGAUCUCGAAGACGAGUACGAAUCGACCCUACCUCCCCCGACACCUCUCCCAACACCCCCUCCAACCCCUCCCCCGGUAGUUCCAAAUGGGCAGUAUUCAACAAGCUUCACGUUAACAACCCGUCCAACAGGAACUGAAAUGAUGAAUGCCAUGACCACAGGUACUGUUCCAGGAGCGAAUAACGAUCAGUUAACCCAUGCACCUGAUGAUAUCACAUGGAUCCCCACCCAUAGAUGGGUUGAAGCCCAAUGGGAUGGAAUACCCUUUGACCCAACAGGAAAAACAAACGGAGAACUUUGCGAUUUCCUCCGCCCAGGACAACCUUACGUGAUCAGGGGUGUAAGGGAAAAGUUCUACGAAGUAAAUCCCUUCGCAGAUAACGCAAACCCCACUCCAUCGGAAAUCGAUCUUUGGCAUAUAGAAGUGAUCCGUCACUUCAGAGCCCUCCUAGGUGUGACAACACCUGUCCAACCCGACGGACGUUUAUAUUUGGAAAGCCGCUGGGCAGAUGAACGCAAAUACACACAAACAUGGGACACGAAAUACCCCGGAACCGGUGUACCAGGUGCGCAUAACGGAGUGUGUUUUCAAGCCAAUGGAGACCCAAUAGAUAUCGCAGGAGGACAUUGCGGAGAAUCCUUUUUCGUCGACGCAACGGAUCGAGCUACCUACAUUUCCGCAUCCCCAUAUCAGAAUGAUUUCUCAACCUACCCAGAACUCGCAUCGUACAAUACACGUUUCGCACAAACCAGUGGCUUAUCUGGAGCCCCAGCAUACCUCCCUUGGUCGAUGAAAUUUCCAUGGAUCAUAGCCAAUUGGAUUUGCGGUGAAGGCUUAGGAGGUCAUGCAGGACCGUACGUAGGCCCCGAUGCUCGUCCGUUUUUUGGGUGCUCGUUCUGGCGAGAGGAUCCAGCAGCCAACUGGGUAAAUUUCAGAGGAAAGUGGAGUGGCGCCGAUCAAAACGAAGGGUACUGGGAAGCAGCCCGAAUUCCCUCCAACGCCCUGGAUUUCAGUUUUUCUGAACCCGAUCCAGUAGGAGCACCAGGUGUCUUCAAUACAGCGGUCGCGCUAACAAUGGGAGAUCUAGAUCUGUCCAAUUACCAAACCUACCUAACCGGCAAACUUCGAGACAUUCACAGAUUCCAAUUCAAACUCAAUGCCAUCGAUAACGACAUUAAUUUUGCCCGGAUGUUGACGGAACCGCCUGCCAUUGAACAGUUCGUUUCGGAGCAAUGGGACACCAUCAUCAUCAAAGUCCACGGACGAGUCGAAAUCGGGGCACCCUCGAUGAUCAUGUACGACUGUAUUUCAGCUCAAGAGGUGAUCUAUAAAGAGAAUACAGCAUUGGCACGCCUCAUGGCAAAUUCCCCUUACGUACCUCAAACGAAGAGCUUGUUGACACGUACACGAUUCAACCCACCCGGAGUCCAGAUUAGUUGA